AUGAUAAGUGCAGUUGUUUUCGGAUCUUUAUUCAAAGAUUUAACGGGAAUUGUCGUUACAGAAUCGGAUGGACUACCACAAUGGUUGUGUUAUGAAUGUUCAGCGUUACUCACAAAGUCUGUUAGAUUUCAACGUAAAAUGUUGAAGGCACAUAACAUUUUAUAUCAAUAUUUAACAAGAUGUGCACCGUUUCCCAUAGAUGCAAAUGAUGAAGAACUCUCAAAGUACACAAGCCCAUACCUAGCCCAGACUGUGACACUAUCUUGUGAUGUCAGCAAAGGCAAGAAUGCCUCGUAUCAAGUUUUUGAGCAUGAGAAACAACCAAACAACACCACCUUAGAUGACAGCCCACUGCUGGACUUGCCCAAACCAGAGUCGGAUGUUAAAGAAGAAAUGGGCUUCUCCGAUUAUGAUGACAAUAUAACUUUGGAUGAAUUUCGGUCUACGGCUAAUGAGAUAAUGGAAGACGACAUUGAAUCUUUACUAAGACCGAACACACCCACGGAGGUUGCUGAAACAGAGACGAAGAAAAAAAAGAAGGCUAAGAAGAAAUCCAAAGAAAAGAAGAAUAAAAUAAGUGAUGAUGAAAAACCUGAGGGAGAAACUGGAACGAAGUCUUCUAUCAGAAAAACUAUUACGCUGGACCCGCAGAAGAUAAGAAUCAUCACUCUGAAUCCAGAGGAACAAAUUAAGCAAAAAGAGGAGGAAGCCCGGACGAAUCUAAAAUUUCCAUUCCAAUGCAAUUUGUGUCAUAAGGGAUUCAACUUUGAGGCGAAAUUAGCGAAUCACAUGAACAAACAUAGUCCUUCCCGCGGUCCAUUUGAAUGCAAGCUGUGCCAGAUGUAUCUCCCCACUUCGUACAGUUUCAACGUCCACAGUCUGAUCCACACGAGGCGGUACGAGUGUGUGGACUGCGGUCGGAGGAUGAUCGAUAGAUCUUCUAUUAUAGAUCAUUACAGGACACAACACGAAGGCAUGUUGACGCUUUUCACGUGCAAUUUGUGUGGGAAAGUAUCGAACAACAAUAAGACACACAGGGGCCAUAUGAGGAACCAUCAUGGCGCCGACAGACCCAAGUGUGACCAGUGCGGCAAGACCUUUGUCAAUAAGGAUUCUUUGACGGAGCAUCUGCAAAUACACCAGGGUAUCAAGAACUACGAAUGUUCAAUAUGCGGUAAGAAGUUCAGGACUCGUACGCAGAUCAAGCAUCACCAGCUAAAACAUACCGACGUCAAGGAGUUCUACUGCGUCGAGUGUGAUGUCCGAUUCAAAUCUGCACACAAUCUUCGCCAACAUUUACAAAAAAGCUUGCGACACAAAGACAAAGGGAGUUUGAUCUACGGCUGCAGCUCGUGCUCGAAGCGCUUCGAGUCGAGCGCGGCGCUGGCGGCGCACGUGCGCGUGCAGCACGAGGGGGUGCGCGCGCACGCCUGCGCCACGUGCGGCGCCGCGCUCGCCUCGGCCGCGUCCCUCGCCAAGCACGCGCGCACCGUGCACGCCGCGCGCCGCGCUCCGCCCAAGCACGUCUGCCACACCUGCGGGAGGCUCUUCCGGGGUAAGAGCGUGCUGACGAACCACGUGCGCACGCACACGGGCGAGAAGCCGUUCGAGUGCUCGUCGUGCGGCCGCAAGUUCUCGCAGCGCACCGCCAUGCGCACGCACGUUAAGCUCGUCCACCUCAAGAUGCGGCGACAACCCAAGGUAAAACCCGAAAUGCCCACCGAACAGUUACCGCCGGCGCCAAAGCUGGAAGUGUUCAAACCGGACACGCCGUUGGAGCCGUGGAGACAGCCCUGUGAUGUCUAUUUCCAGGUCACUGUACCUAAGGCGUACAGCUAG